GGUCCUCGGUCGAUGGACGGUCCUCGGUCAGACGUGGGCCGCUGGGGCGGGAACCCGAGGCAGCCCUCCGCCACACCUUCUCCAGAGCCAGAGCCGGAGCCGGAGCCCGACCGCCGCUCCCGCCGCCGGGGUCGGGGUCGUUCUUUCUGGGCGCGCUGCUGUGGCUGCUGCACAUGCCGAGGGACAGAUGAUGACUGGGGGUCUGGGCCCCGUGGAGGCUCCAGUGCUGGUCGAAGGCCAGACUCCCGGGGUGGUACUGUGAAUGCAGCUGGAGAUGGCACCAUCAGAGAGGGCAUGCUGGUGGUGACUGGUGUGGAUUUGCUGAGUAGUCGUUCAGACCAGAACCGCCGAGAGCACCACACGGAUGAGUUCGAGUAUGAUGAGCUGAUUCUACGCCGGGGACAGCCUUUCCACAUGGUCCUCUUCCUGUCUCGGCCCUAUGAGUCCUCCGAUCGCGUCAUUCUGGAGCUGGUCAUCGGAAACAACCCCGAGGUGGGCAAAGGCACCCACGUCAUCAUCCCAGUGGGCAAGGGGGGCAGUGGCGGCUGGAAGGCCCAGGUGACCAAGUCCAGUGGGCAGAGCCUGAACCUACGGGUACACACCUCCCCUAACGCCAUCAUCGGCAAGUUUCAGUUUACGGUCCGCACACACUCAGAAGCUGGCGAGUUCCAGUUACCCUUUGAACCCCACAAUGAGAUCUACAUCCUCUUUAACCCCUGGUGCCCAGAGGACAUCGUGUACGUGGAUCAUGAGGACUGGCGGCAGGAGUAUGUGCUGAACGAAUCCGGGAGGAUUUACUAUGGGACUGAAGCACAGAUUGGCGAGCGUACCUGGAACUACGGCCAGUUUGACCAUGGGGUGCUGGAUGCCUGCCUGUAUAUCUUGGACCGGCGGGGAAUGCCAUAUGGAGGCCGUGGGGACCCAGUCAGUGUCUCCCGGGUCAUCUCUGCCAUGGUGAACUCUUUGGACGACAACGGCGUCCUGAUUGGGAACUGGUCUGGCGAUUACUCCCGCGGCACCAACCCGUCAGCGUGGGUGGGCAGCGUGGAGAUCCUGCUCAGCUACCUACGUACUGGCAGUUCUGUUCCCUAUGGCCAGUGCUGGGUCUUCGCUGGUGUCACCACCACAGUGCUACGCUGCCUGGGCCUGGCCACCCGCACUGUCACCAACUUCAACUCAGCACACGACACAGACACGUCCCUCACCAUGGACAUCUACUUUGACGAGAACAUGAAGCCACUGGAGCACCUGAACCACGAUUCUGUUUGGAACUUCCACGUGUGGAACGACUGCUGGAUGAAGAGGCCAGACCUACCCUCAGGCUUUGACGGCUGGCAAGUUGUGGAUGCCACACCCCAGGAGACCAGCAGUGGCAUCUUCUGCUGUGGGCCCUGCUCCGUGCAGUCCAUCAAGAAUGGCCUGGUCUACAUGAAGUAUGAUACACCCUUCAUUUUUGCUGAGGUGAACAGCGACAAGGUGUACUGGCAGCGGCAGGAUGAUGGCAGCUUCAAGAUUGUGUACGUGGAGGAGAAGGCCAUCGGCUCGCUCAUCAUCACGAAGGCCAUUGGCUCCAACAUGCAGGAGGAAAUCACGCACCUCUAUAAACACCCAGAAGGCUCAGACGCAGAGAGGAAGGCAGUGGAGACAGCAGCCGCCCAUGGCAGCAAGCCCAACGUGUACGCCACCCGGGACUCGGCCGAGGACGUGGCAAUGCAGGUGGAGGCGCAGGAUGCAGUCAUGGGGCAGGACUUGACGCUUUCUGUGGUGCUGACCAACCGCGGCAGCAGCCGCCGCACCAUAAAGCUGCACCUCUACCUCUCCGUUACCUACUACACGGGUGUCACCGGACCCGUCUUCAAGGAGAGCAAGAAGGAAGUAGCCCUGGCACCAGGGGCCUCCGACCGCGUGGUCAUGCCAGUGUCCUACAGGGAAUACCAGCCCCACCUCGUGGACCAGGGAGCCAUGCUGCUCAACGUCUCUGGCCACGUCAAGGAGAGUGGGCAGGUGCUAGCCAAGCAGCACACCUUCCGCCUGCGCACCCCAGACCUCUCCCUCACGUUAUUGGGAGCAGCUGUGGUUGGCCAAGAGUGUGAAGUACAAAUUGUCUUCAAAAACCCCCUGCCUAUCACCCUCACCAACGUCGUCUUCCGGCUGGAGGGCUCAGGGUUACAGAGACCCAAGAUUCUCAACGUUGGGGACAUUGGGGGCAACGAGACAGUGACGCUGCGUCAGACGUUUGUGCCUGUACGACCAGGCCCCCGCCAGCUCAUCGCCAGCUUGGACAGCCCUCAGCUCUCCCAAGUGCAUGGGGUCAUCCAGGUGGACGUUGCUCCAGCCUCCGGAGGCAGUGGCUUCUUCUCAGGCCCCGGAGGUGACAACUCGGGAGAAACCAUCCCGAUGGCUUCUCGAGGUGGGGCGUAGCCCUGGAUCAGGAGGAACUGGACUGGCGUUUGAUGAAUAUGGACACUGCUUCAAGACGGGCUCGCUCAGAGCAGCUCCUCGGGGGCUCAGGUGGGGAGGCCGGGGCACCUGGAGAGGGGCUGAACUUCAUUUGCACUGGGCAGCACAAAUGCUAAUAAACUAUUUUUUAAUGAA